GAGGGACCCCGGAGCAGCCGCCAUGGGGGAGGCAGAGAAGUUCUAUUAUGUUUACAGCUGCGACCUGGACAUCAAUGUGCAGCUCAAGAUAGGAAGCUUGGAGGGGAAAAGAGAGCAGAAGAGCUACAAAGCGGUUUUGGAAAAUCCCAUGCUGAGGUUCUCAGGCUUGUACCAGGAGACCUGUUCUGACUUGUACGUCACCUGCCAGGUCUUUGCAGAGGGCAAACCUCUUGCCCUUCCAGUUCGGACAUCCUACAAAGCUUUUAGCACCAGGUGGAACUGGAACGAGUGGUUAAAACUGCCGGUCAAGUAUCCAGACUUGCCGCGAAAUGCCCAGGUAGCCUUGACAAUUUGGGAUGUCUACGGACCUGGCAAAGCCAUCCCUGUCGGGGGAACGACUGUCUCGCUCUUUGGAAAGUAUGGGAUGUUCCGCCAGGGAAUGCACGAUCUGAAGGUUUGGCCCAAUGUGGAGGCAGACGGUUCGGAGCCCACCAAGACCCCUGGGAGGACUAGCAGCACUCUUUCGGAGGACCAAAUGAGUCGACUUGCCAAGGCCUCUGGCAAGGAACAUUUGGAGGAACUCACCAAAUCUCACCGACAAGGCCACAUGGUCAAAGUCGACUGGCUGGACAGACUGACCUUUCGGGAGAUCGAGAUGAUCAAUGAGAGUGAAAAGCGCAGUUCCAACUUUAUGUAUCUGAUGAUUGAAUUCCGCUGCGCAAAAUGUGAUGACAAAGAAUACGGGAUAGUUUAUUACGAGAAGGACGGCGAUGAGUCAUCACCCAUUUUAACGAGCUCUGAGAUCGUCAAGGUUCCAGAUCCACAGAUGUCGAUGGAAAACCUAGUGGAAAGGAAACACCACAAGCUCGCUCGGAGUUUAAGAAGUGGACCUUCUGACCACGAUCUCAAGCCCAACGCUGCUACCCGAGAUCAGCUCAACAUCAUCGUGAGCUAUCCUCCGACGAAACAGCUGACUUACGAAGAGCAGGACCUCGUGUGGAAAUUCCGAUACUAUCUCACUCAUCAGGAAAAGGCGCUGACAAAGUUCUUGAAGUGUGUCAACUGGUACCUCCCGCAGGAAGCGAAGCAGGCGCUGGAGCUCCUGGGGAAGUGGAAGCCGAUGGACGUGGAGGACUCCCUGGAGCUCUUGUCCUCGCACUUCACGAACACCACAGUCCGGCGUUACGCUGUCGCUAGGUUGCAGCAGGCAGACGACGAGGAUCUCCUGAUGUAUCUGCUCCAGCUGGUCCAGGCCUUGAAGUACGAAAACUUCGAUGACAUCAAGAAUGGGUUGGAACCUACGAAGAAAGACAGUCAGGGAUCCAUGACGGAAAGCAUGGCUACAUCUGGGGCGAAUCCUGCAGAGAUAGAAAGCUCUCAGAUCAUCACGAGCCCAUUGCCUCUCAUCUCCUCCCCACCUUCUGCAGCAAAAUCAAAGGAGCCUGCUGACAGCGAAAACCUUGAGCAAGACCUUUGCACGUUCUUGAUCUCGCGAGCCUGCAAGAAUUCCACGCUGGCAAACUACUUGUAUUGGUAUGUGAUUGUGGAGUGUGAAGACCAGGACACCCAGCAGAGAGACCCCAGAACUCACGAGAUGUACUUGAACGUCAUGAGGAGGUUCAGCCAAGCUCUCCUAAAGGGUGAUAAGUCUGUCAGGGUGAUGCGGUCUUUGCUGGCGGCCCAGCAGACGUUUGUGGAUCGGCUCGUUCAUCUCAUGAAAGCAGUGCAGCGUGAAAGUGGCAAUCGUAAAAAAAAGAACGAGAGGUUGCAGGCACUCCUGGCAGACAACGAGAAGAUGAACCUAUCAGAUUUUGAGCCCAUUCCCCUGCCCCUGGAACCUCAGGUGAAAAUCAGAGGGAUAAUCCCAGAGAAAGCCACGCUGUUCAAGAGUGCCCUAAUGCCAGCCCAGUUGUUUUUCAAGACUGAAGACGGGGACAAGUAUCCUGUUAUAUUUAAACACGGGGAUGAUUUGCGUCAGGACCAACUAAUUCUUCAGAUCAUUUCGCUCAUGGACAAGCUCUUACGGAAGGAGAAUCUGGAUUUGAAGCUCACCCCUUACAAGGUCUUGGCCACUAGUACAAAACAUGGUUUCAUGCAAUUCAUUCAGUCAGUCCCAGUGGCUGAGGUUCUUGCAACCGAAGAAAGUAUACAGAACUUCUUCCGAAAACACGCACCAAGCGAAACGGGACCCCACGGAAUAAGCGCAGAGGUUAUGGACACUUAUGUCAAAAGCUGUGCUGGAUAUUGUGUAAUUACAUACAUCCUUGGCGUUGGAGACAGGCAUUUGGAUAAUCUGUUGCUAACCAAAACAGGCAAACUUUUCCACAUUGAUUUUGGCUACAUCCUGGGCCGCGACCCAAAACCUCUCCCCCCACCCAUGAAGCUGAACAAAGAGAUGGUGGAAGGCAUGGGGGGGACACAGAGCGAACAAUACCAGGAGUUCCGCAAGCAGUGCUACACAGCUUUCCUCCACCUGCGCAGGUAUUCCAACCUCAUUUUGAACCUGUUCUCCCUCAUGGUUGAUGCCAACAUCCCGGACAUAGCUCUUGAGCCAGACAAGACUGUAAAGAAGGUGCAAGAUAAGUUCCGCCUGGAUCUCUCUGACGAGGAGGCUGUGCACUACAUGCAGAGUCUGAUAGAUGAAAGUGUCCAUGCUGUCUUUGCUGCGAUGGUGGAGCAGAUCCACAAGUUCGCUCAGUACUGGAGAAAAUGAGCCCCAUCAGCUUCUGGAGGAAACCAGAUGGCACCCAACAGAGUGUACUGAACGUUUUAGCAGCUCGGAUAGUUUGCCUCGUCUGGGUUUCCAUUAAGACAAGGUCAAGAAUGUGUUUUGGUGCCUAGACAUUUCCGCCAUGAAGUUUGGAAAAGAGAGCAGUAUCCCUCCAAAUGCAAAUACUAUGAAAAGAAGACUGUGUCGUGGCCUUCUAAGUGUUUCUCUACACCUGAUGUUGGAGUCAGAAACUGAAGCUUAGCACUGCACUUAACUUGGCUGGUGUCUAUAGGAGCACGUGUUACAAAAUGUCCAUUUUAAUUAAUGGGAAGAAGAAAAGUAUUGCCGAAGCUGUUUAUGAACUUUGGAACUGAAGUUCAGGGUUCACUGACUUGUCCAAAUUGUCAUUGGCAAUAAGCAGCUGUGUGGUUAUUUCUGUUGGCGACAGCUGUCUUCUGAAGUGUCAGCAAGAGCCCACCCACAAUGGAAAAAAAAAGCUAAAUAUCACUGAUGGUCUUAAAAAGCCCUUAAAGAUAGAGAGAUUCAGUCCUUUCAUUCUCUCAAUAAAGAAUAAUGCACAUUGAUUAAAUAUUCCAAAACUAAUAAGUUUCUUUUGAUGCAAAGUUCUCUUAUUUUAGGACUCCUCAUUUCUCUUUCUCACCUCUUGGGUAGAAAUUCUUAAAUUUUCUGAUGAUCUCUGUUCCAGAUGCAAAAAUAUUUACACCACGAUAUCUCAUGGCUGAACGUUGCCACAUUGUGAAAAAUCCCUGUAACUUUUCCAUGUGCAUGUGCCCUUUGUUGCAAAACAUAUGACAGAAAACGUUAAUUUAUUUCAUAUUUCCAGCAAAGUAUAUUAUGCGGUCAAUAGGUUUUAUCCAAUGAAGUUCUGUCCAGACUAGGCCUACUGCAAUUAUGUUACUGUCCAUUUAUUUCAAUGGGCCUACUCUGAAUACAGCCGAGCCAGUUUUACUGUAUGCCAGUCUUGCAGUGAACUUUUUAUUUCUCUACUACGUUAGAAAUGAGCUAUAUCUCAGUGGCAGGGCAUCUGAUUUACAUGCAGAAGCUGCCAGGUUCAACCCUUGGCACCACCAGUUAGGACUGGGAGAGAGAACUCUGCCUGAAAUUCUGGAGGGGCGCUGCCAGUCAGUGCUGACAGAACUGAGCUAGAUGGACCAACAGACAGACUUGAUACAAUGCAGCCUCCUAUGUCAGCUGAGACACAGAAACCUGGCAUCAUAAUCUUACUAAAACAUGGGAUUAAAUGAACUGGACAAUAUGGGGUAGGGAACCUACUGUGAGGCUUCAAUUUGCAGGGCACCGUAUAUAUUUUUUAAAAAAUGUUCCAUACCAAGCCAAAAUAUUUUGGGGUGGGUUUUAGGGAUUUUUAAUGUAAUAGUUCCAUUAUUGACUCCCCCCCGCCCCUCUUAUCCAAGUGUCACCUUUGUGCCGUCUUUAUUUUCUUCAGUGCUGAAAACAUGUUGCCUUUGGGUGGAAGUGGAAACUGUAAAAUUAGAUUGUUCUCCUGGGCUAUAUAUAGCAAUAUUGCUGCUUUCAGCAGCAGCCGCCACUGCAGAGGCUUCUGACUUUGAAGAGAUUUUAAUUGCAAGAGAGGCUUUCUCCCCCAACUAUAAAAAAAACCCAGACAGAAAUACUGAAGGGUUUUCUGAGAACAAGGCAAUCUUGCUAACCAAAAUGGCCAGCGUUUCACCGUUGGAGACACCAAUGGUUAUUCGUUUCAGUUGGUUCAAGGGGUUUGAGCAGGCAUCCCCAAACCGGUAUCCUAUGCUUCUUUGUUUGCUAUGAUUGACCUGUUCUCCAAUGCAGUGGUCACUUAUAUUUGGGCUGGAAAACAUAGUAGCUUCUACUGCUGGGCUGCUCACUGCUGCUCAUUAUUCAUAGGUAUUAUUGCCUCCAACCAUGGUAAAGCAGAGCAUUACCAUCAUGGCUAGGAGCCAUUGAUAGUCUUCGUUCUCCAUGAAUUUGUCCAAAACCACCCAAGUUGUUGUCUGUCACUGCCUCUUGUGGGAGCUAGCUCCACGGUAUAACUUGCACUGCAUGAAGAAAUACUUUCUUUUAUCUCUCCAGAAUAGUCCAAAAUUCAGCUCCAUAGGUUCUAGUUCUAGGAGAGAAAGAGAAAACCUCUUCUCUCUCCACUUUCUCUGUUCCAUGCAUACACAUUUCUUUUUUCAUGACUCCUCCCGCAAGAGAAAGGUUGUAGCUCGGGAGAGUGAAACAGCCGAGGCAGCCCCAUAUUUUCAGUGGAGUUUGGACCCUGAAACAUACUGUUUCAGACCCCACCAUUUUUAAUACCUUCCUCCAUUAAUAUGUAUCAUCUCUCUCCCCACAAUAAAAUGGUGAUGCUGCUAACUUCCUGACAGUAAGAGCUGUUCGGCAGUGGAAUUUGCUACCAAGGAGUGUGGUGGAGUCUCCUUUUUUGGAGAUCUUUAAGCAGAGGCUUGACAGGCAUAUGCCAAGAAUGCUUUGAUGGUGUUUCCUGCUUGGCAGGGAGUUGGACUGGAUGGCCCUUGUGGUCUCUUCCAACUCUAUGAUUCUAAGAAACCUAGCUAUGCUCGUCGGCUCUCCAUCACUUUGAAGCCUCGCUAUCUGAGAAGAAUGGGAGUCAUUUCAAUGCAGUACCCAGGUGUACAAAGCAAGCUGAUUGAGGCAACAGAGUGAAAGGUCAGGUCAGUGCAGAAGGGAUCUUUUUUCAAGGU